AUUAUCUUUUUCUUUAAUUGGUUGAAGCAUGUUUAUUACCACUGUCCAAUCUUUAUAGUCUUUUGUUUUUGUUUGUUUGGCUUUCUUUGACUCCCCAUGCUUGCUGAUUUCAGCUCCAUAUCAACUCCUUUUUACUUGUUAUGGAGCAGCCCUCUUCAGGAUCAGUUUUCUUGAUGUGGGGUUUUGAAUUUGGGGCAUUUAAAGGCUGUAGAUUGUAAUUUAUUGCUGUGAAGUGAGAGUGUAUAGUUAAAGAAUUUGUACUUCUUGAAUUUUUUGAUUGAGAUGGAGAGAAAUGGGGAAGAGGAUUGGAGGGAGAUAGUUAGAAAGAUGCUUCCUCCUGGGGCUCCCAUACCUGAAAAUGAGUCUGAUCUUGAUUAUUCGAUAGCGAUGGAGUAUAGUGGUCCUCCAGUGUCUUAUGAGCUUCCUAAGGUAGAACCCCUUGAUGUGAAGUCGAGUUCGAUUGCGACAGCUUCUAUGGCAGAUGAUUCUUUCUCUGAUGCUAAAAGAUCGGUUAGUCGAGAUGUUCCACCAGUUGUAGAACCAAUUUCUUUGCAUGUGUCUUAUAUUGCUGGUAGUGUGACUAGUCCAGCUAACCAUAGUCCUAGAGUAUCAGGAAGUUCUGAGUCUGAGGUGUCUGUGUUGCACAACCGGGAUUCUUCUUCGGGUUCCUUGUCAGGUUCGCCGACUUCUGUAAACAAUCAACCUAAUAAUGUUCAUCAACAAUCAGUUAGAAGAGCCCCUGUUGUUACAUUCAAUACAGUUGAUAGAACUGAAAGUAAAGAGGUGGAUAAGGAGGAGCCAAGAUAUCCUGAAUAUGUUGGAGUUACCAAGGAGAAAAAGAAGAAAAAGAAAGCAAAAAGAAGAGUGUGCUAUCGCUGUGGAAAAGGGAAGUGGGAAACAAAGGAGUCAUGUUUGGUUUGCGAUGCAAAGUAUUGUAGCAAUUGUGUGCUCAGGGCUAUGGGUUCAAUGCCUGAAGGCCGUAAAUGUGUUACUUGCAUUGGGGAGCCAAUUGAUGAAUCAAAUAGGUUGAAAUUGGGUAGGCACUCCAGGUUACUGUCCAGAUUACUCAGUCCCUUGGAAGUCAAGCAGAUAAUGAAGGCGGAGAAAGAAUGUUCAGCCAAUCAACUUCGGCCGGAGCAACUGAUUGUGAAUGGAUUUCCACUGAAGCCAGAAGAGAUGUCUGAGCUCCUUGGGUGCCCUUUACCUCCUCGAAAAUUGAAUCCUGGUAGAUAUUGGUAUGACAAGGAAUCUGGCAUGUGGGGAAAGGAAGGCGAAAAACCAGAUAGAGUUAUAAGUUCAAAUUUAAGUUUUUCAGGGAAACUCAGCCCAAAUGCUAGCAAUGGAAAUACUGAAGUUUACAUAAAUGGUCGAGAAAUUACAAAACUUGAAUUAAGAGUGCUAAGGAUGGCUAACGUUCAAUGUCCCCGUGAUACACAUUUCUGGGUGUAUGACGAUGGUCGUUAUGAGGAAGAGGGUCAGAAUAAUAUUAGGGGAAAUAUUUGGGAAAAGGCAUUAACUCGUUUUGUGUGCGCAUUUUUCUCCUUGCCUGUGCCACGUGGUCAGCCUCAUGGACAAAGAGAUGAGCCUAGCAAUUAUACUACUGUCCCAAACUAUCUGGAGCAGAAAAAAGUCCAGAAGAUUUUUCUAAUGGGACUUGAAGGUUCCGGAACUAGUACCAUCUUCAAGCAGGCAAAAUUUUUGUAUGGGAACAGAUUUACAUUUGAGGAAUUACAAGACAUUAAGCUUAUGAUCCAGAGCAACAUGUACAAAUAUCUCAGUAUUUUACUUGAUGGACGGGAGCGUUUUGAGGAGGAGACCAUGCUCAAGAAAAAUUCUCUCGGUGGAGAGGUUGAUACUGAUGAGAAUAGUCAAUGUAUCUAUUCUAUCAACCCGAGAUUAAAGCAUUUUUCUGACUGGCUCUUAGACAUUAUAGCCACUGGUGAUUUGGAUGCAUUCUUCCCUGCAGCAACUCGUGAAUAUGCUCCACUGGUUGAAGAAGUGUGGAAAGACCCUGCUAUACAGGAAACAUACAAGAGAAAAGAUGAGCUUCACUUCCUUCCUGAUGUGGCAGAAUACUUCCUAGACCGGGCUGUCGAAGUGUCUAGUAAUGAAUAUGAACCUUCAGAAAAGGACAUACUAUAUGCAGAAGGAGUCACUCAGGGAAAUGGUCUAGCUUUCAUAGAGUUCUCGCUGGAUGAUCGUAGCCCGAUGUCUGAAACCUACACAGACAUGGAAGCUCAACUCCCACCUUUGACUAGGUACCAAUUAAUUAGGGUAAAUGCUAAAGGCAUGACCGAUGGUUGCAAGUGGGUGGAAAUGUUUGAAGAUGUUCGUGUAGUUGUCUUUUGUGUUGCCCUGACUGACUAUGAGCAGAUGUCGGUUUCCGCUGAGAAUGGCGGAAGCGGUGUGCUUCUUGUAAACAAGAUGAUGGAAAGCAAAGAACUAUUUGAAAAGAUGAUCAGGCAUCCAUGUUUUAAAGACACUCCCUUUGUUUUGAUUUUAAACAAGUAUGAUCUUUUCGAGGAGAAGGUGAACCGGGUCCCACUAAGUACUUGUGAUUGGUUCUCCGACUUCAGCCCAGUACAACCCCAUCACAACAACCAAACUCUAGCUAAUCAAGCUUAUUACUAUGUCGCGAUGAAGUUCAAAGACCUCUACUCUUCUCUAACUUCUCGAAAGCUUUUUGUUUGGCAAGCUAGGGCAAGGGAUCGAGUUACAAUAGACGAAGCAUUUAAGUACAUAAGGGAGGUUGUUAAGUGGGAUGAUGAGAAGGAAGAUAACUACUUUGGUAUUGAGGAUUCAUUUUACAGUACAACAGAUGUGAGUUCCUCCCCAUUUAUUAGGCAAGAGUGAUUUACUGUACAUGUUCUUCACGCAUUAGAUGUGUAAAGAGUAGGAAGAGAUGCAGAGGCAAAUAAGUACGGAUGGUUUAUUUUUUUUCAUCCUCAAACCUCGUGGAUUGGGAUUUGGGUGAUUGUAUUUCAUGUAAAAUCCGUCCAGCGGAAUUGUCAAAACCUUGUAAUGAUAUUGUAGCUACUAUGCAUUCCGUCAGCCUGCUGGUAAAGAUUGAUGAAAAUCGCUUUCACCUGCGAGCUCUGAAAGUAAUUGCAUCACCAUGUAUUUUCUUCUAACCAGAAAAUAGUUUAGGGGCAAGUUGGAUAUCAUGUACCUUGUAUGCUGUUGUAUGAACUAUGAACUCUUUUAGUGUAAUUGAUAUGCAGGUGAAGCUCUUAUUAUGUUGUUCA